AUGGCUGCAGAUCCUCGGAGAUGGCCCAACUUGGUAUUGGCGACUCAACUGCUUUUCAGCUUGGCUGGCACAGGUUGUCUCAGCUGUCGGCAGAAGCCGCCUGUUGAAAUUACCGGCAUCAAUGGAAGAGAAGUCACUCUGGUGCCAGAAGUGAAUGGCAACCUGACAUCGAUUACCUGGAAGAAAUCAGAGGAUAUAGUGGCAGAAUGGGAUGGAAACGGCUGGUUUGCCCCUCGUUUAGAGGGGAGAGCAAAGCUGGAUCGAUUUUCCGGCAGCCUGACUUUCUUAAAGCUGCAACAGGACAAUGCCGGAGAAUACACAGCAGAAGCUUUAGUGGGAGAUGAAAUCCAGUGCACAUUCUUCUCUCUACGGAUUCGAGGCCCCGAAAAUCUCGUGAGACACCACUCCUGCACGGACUUCCAGCCGGCGAGCAUCUUGCGGGGUUCCACGCUGCAAGUCCAGUUCCUUCUGUUCACCUCUUUCCAACCCGGCUGCGGGCAGCUACUGUCAAGCGCCGAGGACAUCCAGGACUCCAACUUUAACGCCAGCCUGGGAACGAAAAUAGUCAUCCACGGCUUUAGGGCCCUGGGCACAAAGCCCUCCUGGAUUGACGGGCUCAUUGGGACCUUGCUGGAAGCGGCCCCCGGCAAUGUCAUUGCGGUGGAUUGGGUCCACGGGUCCACAGCCUCCUAUAACACGGCCGUGGAAAACGUCACCAAGCUGGCACUGGAAAUCUCCACCUUCAUCCACAAGCUGCUGGCCUUGGGAGUACCAGAGACAUCCAUCCACCUUAUUGGAGUGAGCCUGGGUGCGCACGUAGGCGGACUGGUGGGCCAUUUCUACAAAGGCCGUCUUGGAAGGAUUACUGGUCUGGAUCCUGCCGGGCCCAGAUACACCAGAGCCAGCAAGGAAGAGCGCCUGGACCCUGAAGAUGCUCUUUUUGUAGAAGCCAUUCACACAGAUGCGGACAAGUUUGGGAUCCGGAUCCCUGUAGGCCACAUCGAUUAUUAUGUCAACGGAGGCCAAGAUCAGCCCGGCUGCCCCCGUUUCAUCACAUCUGGCUAUAACUCUAUGAUCUGUGACCAUAUGAGGGCUGUGCAUUUCUACAUAAGCGUCUUGGAAGACUCCUGCCCCAUGAUCGCUUUCCCCUGCUCCAGUUACAAGGCUUUCUUAGCCGGCCACUGCGUGUCUUGCACUGACUCAGUUUUGCCUUCCUGUCCCACAGUAGGACUGUUAGACAAUGGAGGAAUCAACAUGGAAUCGCUGCCCAGAGAGGUGAAAGUUUACUUGGCCACUUCUGCCUCAGCACCAUAUUGCCUGCACCACAGCCUGGUUAAAGUUCGCCUGCGGCACAGGAGAUCGUCAGACACCAGCAUUGAGAUCAAUUUCUUGAGCAGAAACUCUUCCUUCGGUGUCGUCGUCACUGUACCCAAGUGGGAGACCCUUGGCCAAAGUCUGGUGGCUCACUCCACGCCGCUGUGCCAGAUGGAGAGGGUGACAUUGCUGUACCACCCCAAGAGCUGGAGAAGGAGCAAGGAAGAGGACCCAGCCGUUGACCGGUUGUGCGCAGCUCCCCUUCCCGUGAAUCCAAGUGAGAAGAUGUUCUGCCUGACUCAGACGAUCGCUGUGACCGGGAAAAAUAGCCCUUCCUAUGGCUUCGCCCUUGCGUGUGCGUCCGCCACAGCUCCCCCAGCGGACACUGAGAUAACGACAGGACGUUGGCAGUGA